GACGCUGGCAACAAGGGGGAGCUAAAGGUCAUGUUCCAGAAGGUGGCGCAGCAACGCAGUUCAGAAUGGCAGCUCGGUCCCGAAACAGAGAAAUGGGCAAUGAAAAUUGGCAAGCGAGCUCAAGCGAUGCGCCGCGACGUCCAGCAGGCCAUCACGAAAGCCAAGGAUAGUGGCAACGCUCCCGAGUGGAUCGCGCCGCUCAUGCAGGACACGGCCGACGAGACGGAGUGCGACGUCGAGCAGGUCUGCUAUGGGAUUCAGAAGGGCGUCAAGGAGCCCAUGCGAGAGGAGUCUUUGCCGCUGGGGCCCAACGACGAGAGCGAAGAGGAGCUGGUCCCAGCGAAGAGGCCCGACGGGUUCCUGUUCAGGAUCCCAAACUUGACGAGUAAGACGUUCAGGGCCUUGCAGAAGGACAACGGACCAGGGAGGCGGCGCCCUGGAAGCAUGACCGAGAUCACGCGGGAGGUGGCCAAGGACGGAGCUACGUGGCGACUGAUCGACGCUCAGGUGUUCCUGACGUCGCUUUUCCUGAGCAUCGUCAGGGCACAGGGCACGGCGAUGCCCAUGUUGCAGCGGGUCGUGACGCGCCACGCCGCAGACGAGAAGGAGAAGGCCGCAUGGGAGAG